CAAGCGGAACUAAUCUGAAAUUAGUUAGAUAGAGCAAACUGUGCAGCAAGAGAAGGAGAUGAUUGAGCGCUUAUUAGACAGGAAGAUGCUUAUGUCUGUGCGGGAAUUGAAGCAAUGGCAUAUUAUUGUUGAUGGAGAAGAUAUUCCCCCACCCAUCAAGAAUUUUAAAGACAUGAAGUUUCUAGAGCUAGUUUUGAAGAAGCUUAAAGACAAGGGAAUGGUACAGCCAACCCUCAUCCAAGUCCAAGGGUUGUCAGUGAUUUUAGUUGGAAGAGAUAUGGUUGGUAUUGCAUUUACAGUUUCAAGGAAAACACUUGUCUUUGUGCUACCAAUGAUUAUGAUUGCUUUGCAAGAGGAAAUGAUGAUGCCAAUCCUUAUUGGAGAAGGACCUUUUGGGUUGAUUGUUUAUCCUUCAAGGGAACUUGCUAAGUAGACUUAUGAGGUGGUAGAGCAGUUGUUGACUUCCAUAAGGGAAUAUGGUUAUCCUUAACUAAGACCUUUGCUUUGGAUUGGUGGAGAAGAUAUGCGAUCCCAAUUGGAAGUUGUGAAGAAGGGUGUUCAUAUUGUUAUUGCAACUCCUAGGAGAUUAUAGGAUAUGCUUGCAAAGAAGAAAAUGAAUUUAGAAAACUGCAGGUAAGCAUUAUCCUUUGAUUUAUUCUAGUAGCACCAUAUUGAAUUAGAUAAUCUGCUACCUUUUAGUGGCAGUCUGUUUUAGACAAAUUUAACCUAAUCUUGCAUGUGUAUCUACUUUUAGAGUUCAUUUGUAAUUAGUGGCAAUGUGGGAUGUGUAGUUUCCCUUCUCUUAGGAAACCUUUCAGACUUGCAUGUUAUAAUUAUAUAUUAAUUCCAAUCCUUAUAUGUUUUUGUGCUUGGUGCGAAGUUUGUUCCAUAUCCAUCCAUCUCUUUAGUCUUUCCUUUUCUUCAUUCUAUAGCAAGCUAGUUUGUAUUGAGGCAUCUCUCUUUAUAUACUUGUACUCUCUUAUUUCCUUCUACUAUGUUCUGUGUAUUUUUCUUUCUCAUCUGCUAUUACACUAUUAUCGGUCCAUUUGGGAUUUCAAUUGAGAGCUUUUUUUUAUAGCUGUACAGUGCUUUUAGAUAAAUAUGUAUUUAGUAA